CCACCUACUGUCAUAGCUUUACUAAGAUGUAGAAGAUUGUGCUUUUCAUUGUGUUUCGUGCUGAGCGAUAAUUUGGUCAUUUUUUAAAGCAUUUCUACAAACGCCUGCAAACGCAUUGUUUUACGAUGAUGCACCCGAAACACGAACGGUUUCGGGUGCUUGUUCUGAUCCACCUCUUUGUUUCCCUUUUUGGAACAAGACAUCUCGUCCAAGGAGAUCUGAGCUAUUCUUUUCCAGAAGAGAUGAAACUAGGAUUCAUUGUUGGAAAUGUUGCCAAGGAUCUUGGAGUUGAUCUCAAUACAUUAUCUUCUCGAAAGGCCCGUGUGGAUAUUGAAGGGACUCGGAAACGCUGCUGUGACAUUAAUAUGAACACCGGGGAUUUAAUCACAUCGGACAGAAUUGACAGAGAAAGCCUUUGUGGUAAGAAACCCUCGUGUGUCGUGAAAAUCGACCUGGUGUUAGAAAAUCCUUUGGAGCUUCAUCGAGUCAGUCUUCAUGUACAAGAUGUGAAUGAUAAUCCGCCUAAAUUCAAAAAGAAUUUAAUCGAAAUGGAAAUAAGGGAGUCUGCAGAUAAAGGGAGCCGCUUCUCUAUCGAGGAGGCCCAUGAUGCGGACAUGGGUCAAAACGACGUUCAAAGAUACGUACUUGAAAAGAAUGAUAAUUUUAUACUUUCAGCGGAUAGUAAAAGGGUUCAGCUACAAUUGGAAAAUAAUCUCGAUCGAGAGAAACAAAAGGAAAUUAAUUUGCUUCUAACAGCUAUAGAUGGCGGAUCUCCCCAGAGAUCGGGUACUGUGGUCAUACAUGUUACAGUGCUAGAUGCUAAUGAUAAUGCCCCAGUGUUUACUCAGGCUGUUUAUAAAGCAAGGGUGCAGGAAAACGCACCACCAGAAACACUGGUGAUUACUGUUAGUGCUACUGAUGCAGAUGAAGGAGUGAACGGAGACGUGAUUUAUGACUUUGGACAUGUGUCUGAAGAAAAUCUAGAUAUAUUUUCGCUUGAUCCAAAAACUGGACAAAUGAAAGUAACGGGUGUGAUCGACUUUGAAGAAACAAUUUCAUUUGACAUUAGCGUUGAAGCCAAAGAUGGCUUAGGACUGACAUCAUAUGCUAAAGUGUUAAUAGACGUUAUCGAUGUGAAUGAUAAUGCACCAGCUAUUUAUCUAAACUCCAUGUCCAGCAACACACCUGAAAGUAUACCACCUGGUACAGAGGUGGGAAUCAUUAAUGUUCAAGAUAGAGACUCUGAGAAAAAUGGACAGGUCCGCUGCUUCAUCCAGCAAAAUGUCCCUUUUAAAUUAAUUCCUUCUAUUAAAAACUAUCAUUCUCUAGUGACCACAGGACACCUGGACCGUGAACUAGUAUCUGAUUACAACAUUACAAUCACUGCCACUGAUGAGGGCUCUCCACCUCUGUCUUCCUCUAAAACUAUUCAGUUGUCUGUAGCUGACAUCAAUGACAACCCACCUGUGUUUGAGGAACAGUCCUACAGCGCAUAUGUGAGUGAAAAUAACAAACCUGGCUCAACUUUAUGCUCCGUUACUGCUCGAGAUCCUGACUGGAGACAAAACGGUACAGUGAUUUAUUCUCUGUUACCUGGUGAGGUGAACGGUGCCUCGGUGUCCUCCUAUCUAUCUGUUAAUGGAGACACAGGAGUGAUCCACGCUGUGAGGUCAUUUGACUAUGAACAGUUCAGGAGUUUUAAAGUCCAAGUGAUGGCCAGAGACAAUGGUUCUCCUCCUCUCAGCAGCAACGUGACUGUCAGUGUGUUCAUAUCUGAUGUAAAUGAUAACUCUCCUCAGAUCCUGUACCCGGCACCAGAGGGCAGCUCCUUCAUGACUGAGUUAGUCCCUAAAGCUGCACAUGGAGGGUCUCUGGUGUCCAAAGUGAUAGCAGUGGACGCAGACUCUGGACAGAACGCCUGGCUUUCAUAUCAUAUUGUCAAAGCCACAGAUCCUGGACUUUUCAGUAUUGAUAUACACAGUGGAGAGAUCAGGACACAGCGGGACAUUUCAGAAUCUGACAGCAUGAAACAGAACCUGAUUGUUGCAGUGAAAGAUAAUGGACAGCCCUCUCUGUCUGCUACCUGUUCCAUGUAUUUACUUAUUUCUGAUAACUUGGCUGAAGUGCCAGAACUGAAAGACAUUUCUUAUGAUGAGAAGAACUCCAAGUUGACCUCUUAUCUGAUCAUUGCGCUGGUUUCUGUGUCCACUUUCUUUCUGACCUUCAUCAUCAUCAUCCUGGGUGUGAGGUUUUGUCGCAGGAGAAAGCCCAGAUUGUUGUUUGAUGGAGCAGUAGCCAUACCAGGAGCUUAUCUUCCCCCAAAUUACGCAGAUGUUGAUGGUACAGGGACUUUACACAGCAACUACAAUUAUGAUGCCUACCUGACAACAGGCUCUAGAACCAGUGACUUUAAGUUUGUAUCAUCUUACAAUGACAACACGCUGCCUGCUGACCAGACUCUGAGGAAAAGUCCGACAAAGUUUAUUGAUCCUUUUGAAGGAUUGAAGACACCUGAAGAGGUAGGAAACUAA